AUGCUGUGGAAUGUGGCACGAAAAAUUGUUUUACGCCCCUUGUCCGCCAAAGAAGUUUAUGCCGUUCUAAAGUCAGCUGCCCGUGCAGAUGCUGAGCCCGAAGGCCGUGCUGCCAGCCAAGCUAAAUCAGUUACCCAAGGAAUAUCAGCGGCAAGUGGUUUUACAUUGGGCCUAAUUAAAGGUGUUGGUGGCACCUUAUUGGUGACCUCAAAUGCCACCAGUGAAUUCCUAAAUAAUCUCAAUCUAACUGCCCACAUUCCCAAUGUCGAUUUAUAUUCGCUAUUGCCGAAUGUGACAUUACCCACCAUCGAUUUAAGUGGCAUUGAUUAUUCUACAUUAGUGCCGAAAAUUAAUUUAACCGGUAUCGAUUAUGCUUCCCUACUACCCACUGUCAAUCUGAGUGCAAUUGAUUAUACAGCAUUACUGCCCAAUAUAAAUAUUACGACAUUGUUCUCAAAAACGGGUACCACUGCACCAUCUGGUAAUUCGUAUAUAACGCAGGAGAUUUGUUUCCAAACUCGUAGUGCUGAUAGUGUGGGUGAGGCACAAGGUAGACAAACAGCUACUACAACUCCUACAACUACUGGAACUGCAGCAGGCACAGCUACUGCAACAGCGACGGCGACAGGAACUGCUGGUACGGGAACGGCCACACCUACUACAACAGGAAGUGGUACUUCUGUUGGUACCGGAACGGGAACGAUAUCAAAUACAAGUCCCACAGUGACAACAUCCACUGGCACCACAACUACUGAACCCAGUUCCACAACGUGCAUUGUUUUGGAAAAACCCUCAAGUAGACGUCGCAAACGUCGUUCUUUUAAUGGAAAAUUGAAAAGGCGUGUUAUGAGCUUUAAGUAG